ACCACGCCCUAACGCAUCGCGCAUGUUCAGUCAAAAUGGCGGCGAACGAGAUGGACGAGGCGAGACACUUGUGUAGUAGAACGAAACAACAACUGAUAGAUUGUUUGAGGGCAUCCGAUUGUGUAAGAAAGUUGAACAUGACGCCUAGAGAAUGCAUUAAGUGGACGAGCCCUGGUGUGGACGAAGAUUGCAGAGCCGUUCAAAAAUCUUUUUUUGAAUGCAAGAGAUCACUGAUCGACAUGCGCACGAGGUUCAGAGGCAGUAAAUGGACAUAGUAAAGUAUACAAACAUAAACUCUAUUGCACUAUUCUCGCUUCUCGGAAUUGUUUUCACGCCCAAGAUGUGGGCCAUAUUGACAUUAAGUUUUGCCCAG